AUGGACAAGGCGGCCAGCCCAGGGGCGGGCGCCGGCGAAGGGGCGGGCAGCGGCGGCAGCAGCCGCAGCAGCAGCCGCGCCACCUCGGCCGGCUCGUCGCCGUCGGGCUCGUGGGCGGCCCGCGGGGCUGGGGGCCGGCGGCUGGAGGGGGGGAGCCACAGCAGCCCCGGCUCGGUGGCCGCCAGCCCGUGCGGGGCGGGGAGCCGGCUGGGCAGCGGCGGCCGGAGGAGGGAGCCGGCCCUCGAGGGCGUGCUCAGCAAGUACACCAACCUCCUCCAGGGCUGGCAGAACAGGUACUUUAUGCUGGAUUUCGAGUCUGGGAUUCUGCAGUAUUUUGUGAAUGAACAAAGUAAGAGCCAGAAGCCCCGAGGAGCCCUGUCUUUAGCUGGAGCCAUAGUGUCCCUGAGUGACGAAGCCCCCCACAUGUUGGUAGUAUACUCUGCUAAUGGAGAGGUGUACAAAUUGAGAGCUGCUGAUGCUAAAGAAAAGCAGUGUUGGGUGACUCAGCUCCAGAACUGUGCCAAGUACCACAUGGAAGCUCAUUCUAAGAGCCCUCCAAGCUCACGGAGCCGAAGCCUGACUUUGCUCCCCCAUGGAACAUCUAACUCGUCAUCCCCCAGUAGCCAGAGACAUCUCACCCCCGCAACCCCCUCCGUGGUCACCGUCACCCACCACAAGUCACCCGCUGCUGCCCGAAGAUCAAAGAGUCAGUAUUCCGCCCAGCUCCAUGACGUCCGAGAGAUGAUGAGCCAAGUAGAAGGGCAGCAGAAAACCCUCGUACGUGCCAUCGAGGCCUUGCCAGGCUCAGGCCCUCUCACGGCCUUGGACCAGGACCUGCUGCUGCUCAAAGCUACCUCGGCUGCCACCCUCAGCUGCCUCGGAGAGUGCCUGAGCCUGUUACAACAGAGCAUACACCAGGUGGGCCAAUAUAGCCACAGGACGGGGCCUUCAGAAAACCUGGGAUGGCAUGGCCCCAAGUCACAUUCCACAGAUCAACUGAGAAACGGGGUGGUGGGCUUGUUGCCAUCGUCCGGCGCCAGCAUCACAUGGGCAGCCUUACCCAACUCCACUGGAAGCAAAGACUCACCAUCCAAGCCAGAGCCCAAGGUCGAAGGAGAAAAGGAAGUCUUAUCAACACCCUCCCAACACUGGAGUGAGCAUCGGUUUCCUCCCGUACUCACAUCGACUUCUCAGCACCAAAUUACACCUUCACCAUCAGUGAUCCAGCAAGAACCGAAAAUCGAGAGUACCUCGGGAAGAACUUCGCAGGAAGCGAGGAUAAAUGAGGAGAAAACUGAUGAUGAAGAGAAUGAGGAGGAUGCACCAGGGGAGUCGGAGGACCACCGCAGCAUCGUCCUUCACCUAAUCUCCCAGCUCAGAUUUGGAAUGGACCUCACCAAAGUUGCACUCCCCACCUUCAUCUUGGAGAGGAGGUCCCUGCUGGAGAUGUUUGCCAACUUCAUGGCGCACCCGGACCUGCUUCUGUCCAUCGGCUCUGGAGCCACUCCCGAGGAGAGAGCCAUCUCCUUCGUCGAGUACUACUUGACGUCCUUCCGCGAGGGCCGCAAGGGCACAGUGGCCAAGAAGCCUUACAACCCCAUCCUGGGUGAGACGUUUCACUGCUCCUGGGACAUCCCCAAGGACCAGGUCAAGCCUCUGUCGCGAGAGCUAGAGGCUGAGGCCCAAGACUCCAGCGACCAGGAGCAUUAUCCGCCAGGACGGUACAAGCUGACGUUUGUGGCAGAGCAGGUGUCCCACCACCCCCCGGUGUCAUGUUUUUACUGUGAGUGCAAGGAGAGAGGAAUGUUUGUGAACACCCACGUGUGGACCAAAAGCAAGUUCAUGGGCAUGUCGGUUGGGGUGUCCUUAGUCGGGGAAGGCGUUCUGCGGCUUUUGGACUAUGAGGAAGACUACGUAUUCACCCUGCCUAACGCUUAUGCCCGCUCCAUUCUGACCAUCCCGUGGGUGGAGCUCGGCGGGAAAGUCACAAUAGAUUGUGCCAAGACUGGUUACACUGCCCUGGUCACCUUCCACACCAAGCCUUUCUAUGGAGGUAAAGUCCACAGAGUCACGGCUGAAGUGAAACACAAACCCACCAACACCAUCGUGUGCAAGGCCCAGGGCGAGUGGAACGGCGUCUUGGAAUUUACCUACAGCAAUGGAGAAACCAAGCUGAUCGACACGGCCAGUCUGCCCGUCUACCCGAAGAAGGUUCGACCCAUUGAGAAGCAGGGAUCCAUGGAGUCCAGGAGUCUCUGGCUGGAAGUCACCAAUUCCAUCAAACGGGGUGACAUGUCCUCGGCCACGGAAUUCAAGCGGUUCCUGGAGGACAGGCAGCGGAAGGAGGAGCAGGAGCGGGCCGCCCUCAAAGUGGAGUGGCGGCCGAAGUAUUUUAACAAGCAGGGCGAAGGCUGGAUGUAUACGGAACCUCUGUUGAAAGUCCAGUGAUGCGGAUAAAAUUCAGUGUCCUCCCAAAUAGACCUGUCUUUUUAUAGGCAUUAAAAGGUGCCAUAUAUGAGGUUCAGGUGGUAUUGGCUAAGUCCUACUGGGAUAGUCAAAGGGGAAACCAGUUUCUUUGUUUUGUUAGAUUUUUUUUUUUAAGGAGACAAAAGUCUCCUUAAAUGUAGUAAUGUCCCUUCAAACUCCAUCCUCAAGAGCUCCUUGGGAUGUAUGCAUGUAUAUGUAGAUGAGUCAGUGAGUGAGGGUGUGUGCGUGAGCUCUGUGUUCAUGGUUUAUACUCACAUAUAUGCACCACAUAGAGGUAUAGACUGGGUAUUAUUAUACACAUGCAAAUACGACAUGUAUGUGCCACCAGUAAUUAGCUUGAUAAUGAUGAGUACUUUUUUAUAAAUGAAGGUCAAAGUUUUUUAUUUUUCAAUUUGCCUAAAACUUUUUGCACUUAAAACAGGGAUUCCUUAUUGAUGGUCAACU